UGAACACCGGAUAGAGCACCGGAGAGCGCCGACUCCCUCCGUGACUGACAAAGCCUGGACAAGACCCGCUCCAUCAGACCCAAACACACUUUUACAUUUCCCAUCCGUUUAUUCUAACCCUGUUCUCGGGAUACUCAACUCAUUAGGGGAAAACAAUGGAGUCCAACACGCUCCGCCACCAGAGACUGCAGCCCGGGAUCGGCUUCGGUUCUGGGGUGACAAACACGGGGACUCUCCGCUCCUCUCUACGGCCCGGAGUCACGGUGCCCGUCGCUCCGCUGCUGCCGUCCCCCGCCUCACUGUCUCUGUCCUCGGGGCCUCCUCCACCGCCGCCCCCGCUGCAGCUGCACAGUCUGUACGGCGGGAUGGGCUUCGGCACCGGGCUCGGAGGGGGACUGGGGGUCGGCGGACACUGUAACCCCGGAGCGAACCCCGCGGUGCUGAAGGAGGCGGUGGAGGCCGUGGUCCGGAGCUUCGCCAAACACACGCAGGGAUACGGCAGAGUGAACGUGGUGGAGGCGCUGCAGGAGUUUUGGCAGAUGAAACUGAGCAGAGGGGCCGAUUUGAGGAAUGGUGCCCUGGUCGUGUACGAGAUGGUCCCCUCCAACAGCCCCCCGUACGUCUGCUAUGUCAGCCUCCCCGGGGGCAGCUGCUUCGGGAGCUUCCAGUUCUGUCCGACCAAAGCAGAAGCACGACGCAGUGCAGCCAAAAUCGCCCUCAUGAACUCAGUCUUUAACGAACACCCAUCUCGCCGCAUCACUGACGAGUUCAUUGAGAAGAGCGUUGGAGAAGCACUCGCUCCCUUUAAUGGAAACAGAGAGGAGGCAGACAACCCAAACACCGGCAUUGGUGCGUUUCGUUUCAUGCUCGAAUCCAACAAAGGAAAGUCAAUGCUGGAGUUUCAGGAGCUGAUGACGGUCUUCCAGCUGCUGCACUGGAAUGGGAGCCUGAAAGCCAUGAGGGAGAGACAGUGUUCCCGCCAGGAGGUACUGGCUCAUUAUUCCCAUCGGGCCCUGGAUGAUGACAUGCGCACUCAGAUGGCGGCGGACUGGGUGAACCGUGAGCAGAGCGUGGCAGGGACCAUCUCCCAAGAGCUGGCCUCCACAGAGCGAGAGCUGGAGGAGGCGCGGCUGGCGGGACGAGAGCUGCGAUUCCACAAAGAGAAAAAAGACAUCCUGAUGCUCGCAGUGGGUCAGCUCAAUGCAGCCAACACAGCUACCCUGCCCUCACACUAAACGCUCUUAAAGAAGGACCUUCACUUGCCUUCACUCUCUCGGAUUCCUGGGCACUACAAGCCUCUUUUGGUAGCACUCCCCAAUAAUGUUAUACCUGCCAAAAAUGAAAUAACUUAGGUAAUUCUAAUAGUUAUUAAGCCAGCAACGCUACUACUUGACUAUAAUUCAUAGUUUUUAGCGACCUUUCCAUAAUAUUUAAUGAUUGUCUGCACUACAACAAAAUGCUCUUGCCAGCCAAUGUCUGAAAUGAAUUGAUUCGUUGUUCGAGAAUUAAUUAUUACAUUGUUGGCCAUUAUUACAUAAUUGGAAGCUACUACAGACCAGGUAAUCCAGCCUUUAUCACAAUAUGCACAUUGAAUUAGCUGUUUUAGCAAUGACCUUUUUGUGCCUAGUGACUAAAAGGCAGCUCUCUCAAAAACUACCUGAACACAACUUUUUAUAAGAGAGUUUCUACAUUUGACAUAUAGUCCAACAAAACCUUUAUUUUGCUGGGAAUGUAUGGGCCUAUGUUUGAUUUCCAUAGAUUUCUCACCUUUAAAGCAAAAAUAGAUAUGUGAUGGAAGAAUUGGUACUGACAGCCGCUCAGGUUUAUGAUUAAAAAUAUGUGUGAAGGACUAUACGACAACAGCCGAAUGUAUAAUUUGUAUAAUACUGUAUAAUGGACCUACAGAACUCAAUGAUAAAGAAAAUGACUUGAGUUCAUUUUUCCCAUAAACUAUAAAACAUAAUCAGCAUUUAUCUGAAUUCAACAGUAAGAAAAGAUUUAUUACCACAAUACUUAUCUCAUUACAGUAGAAAAUAACGGUGCUACACACUUUUACAGCCUAAAAUUAUUCUGUUACAUUAGUUAUUUACUUUUAGCUGUUAUACCAAACUGUUGCUUAAUGUUAUCACUAUUACAGUACAGUUACUAUACAUAUGAAUUCUGUUGUCUUUAUUGAAGGAUUUUGAAAGUUUUUUAAAAUGUCAAUUCAAUACUUUUACAGACCAGAAUGAUCUGUUAGCACCUCAUAAUGAGGACAAACUCACUGCCUUGAGUGUUCUUACUUCUUUACUCUUUGUAUAUUUUCUUUAUUACAAACUACGUUCUUCCUCUCAGAUCUCUUGUUUUACAAGUUUUUGUGGCCACUGCAAUGGAUUUUUUAUGUUUUACUAUCCACAUUUAAUUUUACUAUGCAUGUUAUGUUUUUUAUUAUUAAGUGUUGAUUUUAUAAUGUGUUUUUUUAAAGCCAUGAUAAUUUGUAUUUUAUACAAACAAUUUGUAUCUCUUGUUUGAAUUUUUGUUAGAAUUAUAAAAUGCA